AUGCUGUGGGGCAUCAGUAGAAGGCAGCGGGUCACUGAUCGGGGCCCUGUGCUUGUGAACACCUUGGUGGAUUAUUACCUGGAAACCAACUCCCAGCCGGCUUUGCACAUCCUGAGUACCUUACAGGAACCGCAUGACAAGCACCUCUUGGAUAAGAUGAAUGAAUACAUGGGCAAAACCGCCACCCGCUUGUCCACCCUCUCGUUGCUGGGCCACGUGGUCCGCCUGCAGCCGUCCUGGAAGCACAAGCUCUCCCAAGCCCCGCUCUUGCCUUCUCUGCUGAAGUGUCUCAAGGUGGAUACUGACGUCGUUGUGCUUACAACAGGUGUCCUGGUAUUGAUCACCAUGCUGCCGAUGAUUCCACAGUCGGGGAAACAGCACCUGCUUGAUUUCUUUGAUAUCUUUGGCCGUCUUUCAUCCUGGUGCCUGAAGAAACCAGGCCACGUGACGGAGAUCUACCUGGUCCACCUCCAUGCCAGCGUGUAUGCCCUCUUUCAUCGCCUCUACGGAAUGUACCCCUGCAACUUCGUCUCCUUUCUGCGCUCUCACUAUAGUAUGAAGGAAAACUUGGAGACUUUUGAAGAAGUGGUCAGGCCAAUGAUGGAGCAUGUGCGAAUUCAUCCGGAGUUGGUGACUGGAUCCAAGGACCACGAACUGGACCCUCUAAGGUGGAAGGGGUUAGAGACUCAUGAUGUUGUAAUAGAGUGUGCCAAAAUCUCUCUGGACCCUGCGGAGGCCUCCUCUGAAGAUGGCUACUCUGUGUCCGAGCAGCUCGCCGCGCGGCCCCCUCGCCGUCCAGCCGAUGUCGCCGCCAGCCCUCACGCGGACACACAGAAUAGCUAUGGGAGUGCUGCUUCUACCCCUCACCCCUCUUCUCGGCCGACGUUCAACACACCAGGGCAGCUACCUCAGAGUUCCCUGUCGACACGGCUGUCAGCUGAGCCGUCGCAAGCCGCGCUCUGGAGCCCAUCUACAGUUUGUGGUAUGACCACUCCUCCAACUUCUCCUGGAAACGUCCCAGCUGAGCUGUCGCACCCUUACAGUAAAGUGUUUGGUACAACUGGUGGAAGAGGAACUCCUCUGGGAACCCCAGCAACCUCCCCUCCUCCGGUCCCCCUCUGCCAUUCGGACGACAUUUCACUCCCCCAGGCCACAGUCAUACCACCCAGGAAGGAGGAGAGAACAGACUCCACGAGGCCAAGUCUGCACAGGCAGCCCCACCUCACAAACGACAGAGUGGGAGCAGAAGAGCUACAUGGCAACAAAGGUUCUGUGGCCCUCAGUGACCUCCCAGGGCUUUUGGGGGACCUGGCUUCUGAUGAAGACAGCAUUGAGAAGGAGGAAGCCGCGAUAUUUGAAGAACUUUCCGAGAUCACCACAGCUGAGGCCGAGCCUGUGGCCCCCCGAGGGGGCUUUGACUCUCCAUUCUACCGAGACGGCCUCCCAGGUCCUCCACGCAGGAUGCACUCGGUGGCCUCUGGCGCACAGGGCACCAGCGCCAACCCUGAGCCCUUACACUCCUCCCAGGACAAGCACGGGCUAGACACACCAAAGCAAGCCUUUACUCCCAUUGAUCGGCCCCCCAGCAGUGCCCACGACAGCCCUGCCGGGCACAGGGAGCGCCAGGCUUCAUCAGAGACGAGCAUCCUCACGCCCAGCCCUUGUAAAAUUCCCCGGCAGAGGAGCGUGGGCUUGGGAAGCGGGCAGCCACCCCCGUAUGAUCACCUCUUUGAAGUGGCCUUGCCAAAGACUGCCCAUCACUUUGUUAGCAAGAAGACCGCGGAACUGUUAAGGAAAGCGAAAGGCAACACGGAGGACGACCACGUGCCCUCGGCCUCCCCGGUGGAGGUGCUGGACAGGCUGAUCCAGCAGGGAGCAGACGCUCACGGCAAGGAGCUGAGCAAGUUGUCCUUACCCAGCAAGUCCGUCGACUGGACCCACUUUGGAGAUGAGAUCCGCACCCUCCGGGACCAGCUGCUGCUGCUGCACAACCAGCUCCUGUACGAGCGCUUCAAGAGGCAGCAGCAUGAGCUCCGCAACAGACGGCUGCUGCGCAAGGUGACCGGCGCCGCGGCCCUGAAGGAGCAUAAUGCUGCCAUGAAAGAUCAGCUGAUGCUGCAGGAGGAAGACAUCCAGAUGUGGAAGGCCAGCCUGCAGCAGGAGCAGGCACGGUACAGCAAGCUCCAGGAGCAGCGGGACACGGUGGUCACCCAGCUCCACAGCCAGCUCAGGCAGCUGCAGCACGACCGGGAGGAAUUCUACAAUCAGAGCCAGGAGUUACAGACCAAGCUGGAGGACUCCCGGAACACGAUUGCGGAGCUGCGCAUGGAGCUGAAGAAGGCCAACAGCAAGGUGUGCCACACAGAGCUGCUGCUCAGCCAGGUCUCCCAGAAGCUCUCCAACAGUGAGUCGGUGCAGCAGCAGAUGGAGUUCUUGAACAGGCAGCUGCUGGUGCUCGGCGAGGUCAACGAACUGUACCUGGAGCAGCUGCAGAAUAAGCACUCGGACACCACCAAGGAAGUGGAAAUGAUGAAAGCUGCCUGUCGGAAAGAACUAGAGAAAAGCAGAAGCCACGUUCUCCUGCAGAGUCAGAGGCUCGACAGCUCCCAGAAGCGGGUCUUGGAGCUGGAAUCUCACCUGGCCAAGAAGGACCACCUGCUUUUGGAGCAGAAAAAAUACUUAGAGGAUGUCAAGCUGCAGGCAAGGGGACAGCUGCAAGCUGCCGAAAGCAGGUAUGAGGCCCAGAAAAGGAUCACCCAGAUGUUUGAGUUGGAGAUCUUGGACUUGUAUGGCAGACUGGAGAAAGAUGGCCUCCUGAGGAAACUUGAGGAAGACAAGACAGAAGCGGCUGAAGCAGCAGAGGAGAGGCUUGACUGCUGCAACGAUGGUUGCUCGGAUUCCACGGCAGGCCACAAUGACGAGGCGCCUGGUCACAAUGGUGAGACCAGGACCACCAGGCCCAGCAGCACUCGGGGGAGCAGCGGCGGCAGCAGCGAGCUUUCUACCCCAGAGAAACCCCCAAACCUGAGGGCAGGCCCGUUCAGCAGCCGGUGGGAAAGCAGCAUGGUGGGGGAGGCCUCACCUGGCAUGCCCACCACCGUGGGCUCCCUGCCCAGUUCCCAAAGCUUCCUGGGCAUGAAGGCCCGGGAGUUAUUUCGUAACAAGAGCGAGAGCCAGUGUGAUGAGGACAGUGUGAGUGUCAGCAGCCUUUCUGAGGCGCUGAGGCCAGAGCUGGGCAAGGACUCGGGGGUGGAAGGCAAGACUGCCCUGAGCCUUGAUGGCACCCACCCGGCUCCCCCGAGUCCGGACGGUGUGGGCCAGCUGCGCAUCAUGGACUACAAUGAGACUCAGCACGGACACAGCUGAGGCUGAGGGUCAGUCAGUGUUAACCCGCACGGCGUUGGCGUGGAACAGGAGGUGUGACCGCACGUU